AUGGCUGCCAAACCUAGCGUCCUUUUUGUCUGCAUUCACAAUGCCGGUCGAUCGCAAAUGGCUGCUGGCUUUCUCAGUCACCUCGCCGGAGACGAUAUCGAAGUUCGUUCUGCCGGCUCCGCCCCAGCCGACUCCGUCAAUCCUAAUGUGAUCGAAGCCAUGCUUGAAGAAGGUAUCGACCUUCGCAGCCAAAAACCCAAGAUCUUGACUACCGAGGCGGUUGAACUCAGCGAUUUUGUCAUCACGAUGGGUUGUGGCGACGUUUGCCCCUUCUUUCCUGGCAAGCGAUACCUUGACUGGCAGCUGAACGACCCCGCUGGCCAAGGCAUUGAACCUAUCCGAGUCAUUCGUGAUGAGAUUCGUCAACGUAUCGAGGGUCUCAUUGCAGAGAUCAAAUCGCAAAGCUAG